AUGAAAGUCAUUAUUGUGGGAGCUGGUAUUGCUGGUCUUGCUGCUGGAAUUGGUCUCCGCCGCAAGGGCCACGACGUCAAGAUAUUUGAACGCUCGAGCUUGCUCCGCGAGGUUGGGGCAGCAAUUAAUGUUUGCCCUAAUGCCUCCCUUGUCCUUGCGCAAUGGGAUUUCGAUGUAAAGAGAGCUCGAAUGGUAGAGGCACGUCGGCAUAUGUUGAUAUCAGGCACCUCGCUUGACACCAUGUCUGGAGUGCAAUAUCCCGACUUUACUGGUUUGUACGGUGGUCCCUGGCUUCUCGCACAUCGAGUCGAUCUGCAUUCAGAGCUACGACGCGUAGCCACUGAUCCUGCAGGAUUGGGAAGGCCUGUAGAUAUUAUCCUGCGUGCAGAGGUUGUUGACUACGAUACUGACAAGGGGUCUAUUACACUCGCAAAUGGCUCGAGUCACAAGGCUGAUCUGGUUGUGGCAGCGGAUGGUGUGCAUUCUUCUGCUCUCCGCCAUGUUACCGGCCAGGAAACCCCUGUUGUAUCUACAGGCUGGGCUGUCUUUCGGUUUUUGUUGGCCGUUGAAGAGCUGCGGGCGGAUCCUGAUAUAGCUCCCCUGCUUGAAGACGGUGCCACGAAAAUUGAGGACGGCCUGAUGAAGAUAUUCGCCGUCGAGGGACACAUGAGACGCCUGGUUUGUAACAAUAUCCAGAACUUCGUCGCUGUGCACGAAGACAGAGAGACAGGAGACCAUGAACGCGAAGACUGGCAUCGUUCUGCUGAGGUCGAGGACGUGCUCUCCUACUUUGGCGACUUCCACCCUGAUGUUUUGAAGAUUAUCAGAAAAGCGACAAGCAUCACGCGGUGGCCACUGUUGCACCGUGAUCCCAUUUCAACGUUGAGCAAAGGCUGUCUGCUGCUCAUCGGCGACGCAGCGCACCCCAUGCUUCCUCAUCAAGGCCAAGGGGGUGCUCAAGCGAUCGAGGAUGCAGCAGCACUGGGUGAGGUAUUCGCAGACCUUCCGGCUGAUCCCCCGAGAGACGAAAUACGCAGGAGGCUUGAACUGUUCGAGAAGAUACGCCUCAAACGGGUCUCAGCAAUGCAAAUGCUGUCACUCGCCGGACAGGAUCAGGCAUUUAGGGUGCGUGAACAGGCGCAGCAGUAUAUGCCCGACGGUGUCAGUGUGCCGACAAACCAGUCGGAGUUUUGGGACCAUAAUUUUGGCUACGACGUUAUUGAGGAUAGUCAGCGGCAGUUGCAGACUUAUCUGAAGAGUAAACCCAAUGUUGCUUCGUUAUGA